AAGAAAGAAGCAGCUGUAACCUGAAGCCUGUUGGACUGUCUUUGGAGGCUGCAGUAAAAGCUCCCGGGCUUGAGGGAGCCCCUUAGUGCUCAGGGCUUCCAGGGACCCAGGCUGGGCACAGCGGAGCACAUCCACAGGCCAGAAUGCAGGCCCUUGUGCUACUGCUCUGCACUGGAGCGCUCUUGGGGCAUGGCAGCUGCCAAGACACCCCCCAGUGGCCCAGAGGAGGGCUCCCUGGUCCCCGACUCCACAGGGAUGCCUACGGAGGAAGAGGAUCCCUUCUUCAAGGUUCCUGUGAACAAACUGGCAGCUGCAGUCUCGAACUUUGGCUAUGACCUGUAUCGUGCAUGCUCGGGUGACAACCCCACCACCAAUGUGCUCCUAUCCCCGCUCAGCCUGGCCACUGCACUCUCUGCCCUGUCGCUGGGAGCGGAACAGCGAACAGAAUCCAGCAUCCAUAGGGCCCUCUACUAUGACCUGAUCAGCAACCCAGACAUUCACAGCACCUAUAAGGAGCUCCUAGCCGCUGUCACAACCCCUCAAAAAAACCUCAAGAGUGCUUCCCGGAUCGUCUUUGAGAGGAAGCUGCGAGUAAAAUCCAGUUUUGUGGCACCACUGGAGAAGGCCUAUGGCACCAGGCCCCGAAUCCUGACAGGCAACUCUCGCUUGGACCUGCAGGAGAUCAAUAACUGGGUACAAGCCCAGAUGAGGGGGAAGAUUGCGAGGUCCACACGUGAGAUGCCCAGUGGAAUCAGUAUUCUCCUUCUUGGGGUGGCCUACUUUAAGGGGCAGUGGGCAACUAAGUUUGACUCCAAAAAGACUUCCCUGGCGGACUUUCACUUGGACGAGGAGAGGACAGUACAAGUCCCCAUGAUGUCAAAUCCCAAAGCUGUCAUACGCUACGGCCUGGAUUCUGAUCUCAACUGCAAGAUUGCCCAACUGCCUUUGAGUGGAAGCAUGAGUAUCAUCUUCUUCUUGCCUUUGAGAGUGACCCAGAACUUGACCUUGAUAGAAGAAAGUCUCACUUCUGAGUUCAUUCAUGACAUUGACCGAGAACUAAAGACUGUUCAAGCAGUUCUGUCCAUCCCCAAACUGAAGCUGAAUUAUGAAGGCGAAGUCACCAAGGCCCUGCAGGAGAUAAAGCUACAGUCCUUGUUUGAGACACCAGACUUUAGCAAGAUCACAGGCAAACCUAUCAAGCUGACUCAAAUGGAGCAUCGUGCUGGCUUUGAGUGGAAUGAGGAUGGUGCAGGCACCACACCCAGCCCAGGGCUCCAGCCUGCCCACCUCACCUUCUCCCUGGACUAUCACCUUAACCAACCCUUCAUCUUUGUACUGAGGGACACAGACACAGGGGCCCUACUCUUCAUAGGCAAAAUUCUGGAUCCUAGAGGCACUUAAUGUUCUGAUUGAAUGUUUAUUAUUCUAGAAUACUCUGGAGACAGGGCAGAUUAUAUAUUACUGGAAGGCUGCCAAUGUUUCAGUAUACUUCGCAAUAAAAAUACUUUUUAAUCCUAAUUUUGUUGCCAUGUCCCU